CUCACCCCGCGGACCGUCUGUCCCGCCGCCGCCGCCGCCGAAAUGAGCUCAACGCAGUUCAACAAGGGGCCCUCGUAUGGGCUUUCGGCCGAAGUCAAGAACCGGCUCCUAUCCAAAUAUGACCCUCAGAAGGAGGCAGAACUCCGCAGCUGGAUUGAGGGACUCACAGGACUGUCUAUUGGUUCUGACUUCCAGAAGGGUCUGAAGGACGGGAUUAUCCUGUGCACACUCAUGAAUAAGCUGCAGCCCGGCUCGGUCCCUAAGAUCAACCGCUCCAUGCAAAAUUGGCAUCAGCUAGAAAACCUCUCCAACUUCAUCAAGGCCAUGGUCAGCUAUGGCAUGAACUCCGUGGACCUGUUUGAGGCCAAUGACUUGUUUGAGAGUGGCAACAUGACACAGGUGCAGGUGUCUCUUCUGGCUCUGGCAGGGAAGGCCAAGACAAAGGGGCUGCAGAGUGGUGUGGACAUUGGCAUCAAGUACUCAGAAAAGCAGGAGCGGAAUUUUGACGAUGCUACCAUGAAGGCGGGCCAGUGUGUCAUUGGGCUCCAGAUGGGCACCAACAAGUGUGCCAGCCAAUCAGGCAUGACGGCAUAUGGCACGAGAAGACAUCUGUAUGAUCCCAAGAACCAUAUCCUGCCACCCAUGGACCACUCAACCAUCAGCCUCCAAAUGGGUACCAACAAGUGUGCCAGCCAGGUGGGCAUGACAGCUCCUGGGACCCGGCGGCACAUCUAUGACACCAAGUUGGGGACCGACAAGUGUGACAAUUCAUCCAUGUCUCUGCAGAUGGGCUACACGCAGGGCGCCAACCAGAGUGGCCAGGUCUUUGGCUUGGGCCGGCAGAUAUACGACCCCAAGUACUGCCCACAAGGCCCAGCGGCCGAUGGGGCUCCAGAGUCAGCAGGCGACUACCCCAGCCCAGGGAAGGCCCCAGAGUACCCCCCCUACUACCAAGAGGAGGCAGGCUACUGAGGCCCCAUUUGUGGGGUGUCUCCCUCUAUCAUCACCCCACCUGAGAUUUUAGGUUUUUCUGUGUCUUCAUCUUGUUUUUCUAUGUGUUCAAGUGCUUCCAGCUGAGGGCCUAUGAAGGCGAGAUCCAGAUGCUUGUGGGGUGGGGGUGGGGGGUCCCUGCCAGGGCACAUCUAGGUAGCAAAUUUCCCAGCAGGCUUUGGGCCAGGCUGGGGGGCGCGGUGCGGAAGAAACCUGUGCAGGGAGGGAAACUGGCCCCAAAUGGCUUCCGGUUGUUUCUGCCCUUCCCUUUUCUCUGCUGAUCAGUUUGUGGUUUCUGUACCCACAAAAGUUUCAGGCGCUUUUAACAAAACAAAAGUAAUUUUUGGGGGGGUGUAUGGUGGGGGGGAGUAGUGCUGAGAAGGAAGUCCCCUGGGAGAGGGCCAGGCCACAGUCCCCAGAUAUUUUAGGCAUCGUGAGGGACUGAGUUUCUCCAGGGGCCUGGUGAGGAAACCAAGGCCAAGACAGGACAGUGGAGUUCUGAGUGUUUGAGGCAACGCCAGACCCCCCCACCUUCCAUACUAGUCCCUUCUCCCCAGUGAAGUACUGCACAGGGACCCCCCACCAGGAGGCCCUCUCUGGGACCAACCCCACCCGGGAGCCCUGGGAACAAGAGAUAAUGUGAAAUACCAACUGUGGACCAAAGACAAUAAAAACCUUUUUAGCAAAAGAAA